UAUAUAUAUUAAUUGAAGAGUUUGGUGUUAGAGAGCUGUUUGAAUCCGCCAUGGAAGGAGACAGCAGAAGAGGAGGAAGACAGGACCACCGCCACCGCCACCGCAACCCGCCUCUUCAAAUUGAUGAGACCUGGACCCUUAGGCCCGCCCUCGAUCAGGAACACAAUAUUGUCCAAGCCCAGCUCUCACCGCCUUCCUCCCCUUCUUCUUCUGCUACAGAAAGCAGAAUCGAACACACCGCCGCUAGUUUACCCAUCUCAUAUCGUAACCCCAGAACCCGUCAAAAUUCCAAGCGGGUGUCUGAGAAUCGGCGCUCCCAUCCGGUCAAUUCCAAGUUUGUGAAAGAACCUGAGGUGGGUUCUUUGAAUAACGAAGUGGGUUCUGUGAAUUCUUUGGAUUCUCAGAUAGGGUCUUUGAGUAUUGGGGAGAACGUCAGUGGGAAGCGAGAGAAAGAUGAUGAGGAGGAGGAGGAAGAAGGGAAGGGAAAAAGUAAGAAAGAGACAGUUGAGGUGUCCGAGUCAAGUGAGGGAGUGGAUGGUGUUUUGAAAAGAUUGGAAGAGCUGCGGUUGGGCAUGGAGGAGCGGGAAUUGUCGGAGGAGCAGCUGAGGAUUAAUGAUCAACUGCAGGAGGAUGAGUUACUUGCUAUGGAGUCCAUCUACGGAGACAAUGUUUUCAUGCUUGACAGACACAGCGGCUUAAGAUCUUUUCAGAUUCAUAUAGACAUUGAAGCACAGGGUGAAGUUGCUAUUACUGCAAAGCUAAAUUCAUCUGGUGAUUUUGAGACCAAAAUUGACAGUUCAGAUGAUUUCUCAUACUCUUUCAAAGUCCAAUAUCUUCCACCAAUUUUAUUGACUUGUUUAUUACCUAAAUCCUACCCAAGCCACCUACCUCCUUAUUUUACUAUCUCUGUUCAGUGGCUGGAUUCUAGUAGGAUUUCCAAUCUUUGCUCCAUGCUGGACACAAUAUGGAGAGAACAGCCAGGGCAAGAAGUCAUGUACCAGUGGGUGGAAUGGCUACAAAGUUCUUCUCUUUCUCAUCUUGGGUUUGAUAAAGAAAUAAUGCUUGGUCCUUAUGGCAUAAGACAUGCAGGAGAUAGGCGUGCAGUUUCUGGAAUUUUUUCGCCAGAUGUUGAUAUUCCUUCAAUAAAAAGUUACGACGAUGAGAGACACCAUGAGAACUUCCACAAAAACUUGCAUGAAUGCUGUAUCUGUUUUAGUGAGUAUGCAGGUAGUGAGUUCGUUAGACUGCCGUGCGAGCAUUUCUUCUGCUGCAAAUGCAUGAAGAUUUAUUCUGACAUGCAUGUCAAGGAAGGUACCAUAAACAAACUUCAAUGUCCUAAUGCAAAAUGUGGGGGCAUGGUCCCACCCACAUUGUUGAAACGAUUACUUGGUGAUGCGGAGUAUGAACGUUGGGAGUCCUUAAUGUUACAAAAAACGCUCGAUUCAAUGUCUGAUAUUGCUUAUUGCCCAAGAUGUGAAACACCCUGCAUAGAAGAUGAGGACCAGCAUGCUCAAUGCUCAAAGUGCUUCUUUAGCUUUUGUACACUUUGCAGGGAGCGGCGCCAUGUUGGCGCAGCGUGUAUGACAUCAGAACUGAGGCUUCGUAUUUUGCAGGAGCGCCAAAAUUCAUCUCAACUAAAAGAGGAUCAAUUGCUUAGAGAACGUGAGAUGAUCAAUGAAAUUCUUAGUGUCAAGGAAGUACUUCGUGAUGCUAAGCAAUGCCCAUCUUGUAAGAUAGCAAUUUCCAGAACUGAAGGUUGCAACAAGAUGAUGUGUAAUAACUGUGGGCAGUAUUUCUGCUACCGCUGUAACAAGGCGAUUGAUGGAUAUGAUCAUUUCAGGGAGGGGACAUGUGAUCUGUUCCCACAAGAAGCAAUUCAGGGGUGGGAAGAGCGCAUUAAUCCUCGUCAGGUGUUGGGUCAGAUUCGAGCUGGAUUCUUUGCUCAACAUGUUCAUGCAUGCCCUAAUUGUGGCCAAUUUAAUGCAAAGGUUGGAAAUAACAAUCAUAUAUUCUGCUGGGCAUGCCAAGUUCAUUAUUGCUAUUUAUGCAAAAAGACUGUGAGGCGUAGCUCUCAGCAUUUUGGACCCAGGGGUUGCAAACAGCACACGGCGGAGUAGUAGUGAUUCAGUGAACACCAUCAGAUGUGUAUAGCCUAUUUGAAAGGAGCAAACCAAGCAUUUGGUGAUAAUCUCUUUGAAGAGCACUUGCUACCAAAUCUGUUGAGGCUGCUUGUGGUAAUUUAUAUAAAAUUCCAGGGUAUUGAGGGAAGGCCCUUGUAGUGCAAGGCAUUCAAUGGCUCCCAUCUUGUUCAUAAUUUGAUUCAAACUUUUCCUUUGCUUCAGCGCUUUGCCAUUACUUUCUUUCCUUUGGGUGAUGUUUUGAGUGUAAUUUUUGUUUGGUUCCAUGUCGGAUGUCCUCUGUAGAUAGAGAGCUGUUGUUGUACUGAGCAUGCUCUUCCAGUUUUGGAGUUGAGAGCUUGAGAGUAUUCAACCAGAAAAAAGUGACAAAAAAUAAAAACUGAAAACUUUUGAGUUGAUU